AUGGAGCCUAUGGAUUCAAAUGUUUUGAUGAAAAAGCUCGGCAUUACGAUUAAAAUGGCAAAACUGGAUAAACAGAAGGGUGUCAGCUUGGCGGCCAAGCGGAGGAAGACGCUCAAUUGGCCGUUGACACAACAGGAUGAAGAUGAAGUGACAGUUUCGCAGGCGAGAACUCUUCUACAACCGAAAGUGGGAAUAAAACGAGAAAGCGUGCACGCCCAGGUGCACUCGAUGACAGAUUGA